AACUUUAACUGUACCGAUAACUUCAUUCCAUUUUCUGCUGCAGUCUAGAAAUCACCCAAUUUUAAAGUUUCACACAAUUUCAAAGUUCGUCCUCAUCAUGCAUCCAAACUUCAAAUUUUGCCUUAUAUGGAUGACAAUUUUUGCGUGCAUCACUCUUCGUAGAGCACUUUUGGAAACGGCGAAACAAUUAGAAGAAACCCAAAAGAGCUUAAAAAGUACACAUGAACGUGUAGAUAAACUUCAAAAGGUCGUGGACGAAAUUCAGUGGGAAUUCGAUCGAAUCAAAGAGCUUUUGGCAAAAAAGUUCGCAUCCGAAUGGGAAAUUUACUGGCGUGCGUUUGUGAGACAUUCUCAAAAUGAGACGGCAGUGCGAGACUUAAACGCCGGAGAGAAUCUUUACUUGUAUUUUGGCUACGAUAUUAACGGAGUCCUUCAAAAUAUUUAUAUUUGAUAUUUAAAAAAAUCUGCGUUUUUAAAAAAUUAACAAUUUCAAUUUAAGCUCUGUCUAUAUUCUAAUUAAUUGUAAAUAGUUCUGAUUUUCUGAUAAGUAAUAAGUUAAGCUUGUAAAAUGGGGAAGAAACAGCAUCAAAAAGAUAAAUUAUACCUGACCUUCACCGAGUGGUCGACACUUUACGGUGGAAAGAAAGCUAAUCAAGCCCAGUUUGGGAGUAACUCUGAAUUUCGACGGCUGCCCUUUGACCACUGCGCCUUGUCGUUGCAGCCCUUCGAAAAUCCAUAUUGUGACGCUCACGGGAACAUUUUCGAUUUGAUGGUCCUUCUUCCCUUCCUGAAAAAGUAUAAGGUUAAUCCCAUCACGGGCGAGAAAUUGGAUGCUAAACAGCUCACAAAAUUAAAUUUUACUAAGAAUGGAGAAGGGAAAUAUCAUUGUCCUGUUCUGUACAAAGUUUUUAACGCGAACAGUCACAUUGUUGCAAAUAAAUUGACGGGGAACGUGUUUUCGUUUGAGGCUGUCGAAGAAUUAAACAUUAAACCGAAAAGUUGGAAAGAUCUACUCACGGAUCAACCCUUUACGAGGAACGAUCUGAUUACAAUUCAGGAUCCCAAGAAUUUAAAGAAGUUUAAUUUCGUCGACUUUCAUCACGUCAAGAAUAAUUUAAAAAUUGAGGAUGAAGAAUUGAUACGAGCCCCUCAUGACCCAAAUGCUCGAUUGAAGUCGACAAAUGCUCAGACCAGGGAUUCCAUUCAAGAGUUGAACAAAACGUAUGUGGCCGCAGAGACUGAGAGUGCUGUUAUCAAAAAAGCGGAUAGCGUCAAUGCUGCACAUUAUUCUACGGGAGCUGUCGCGGCCGGAUUUACAUCGACAGUAAUGCCAGUGCUGACCGUGCAUGAGGCUGCCAUCCGGGACGAAGAUUCGGUGCGGUACGAGCGUAUUAAAAAGAAAGGAUAUGUCAGGUUGAACACUACGCAUGGGCAAAUUAAUCUGGAGCUUCAUUGUGAUAUUACUCCGAAAACGUGUGAAAAUUUUAUCAUCCUUUGCAAAAAGGGUUAUUACAAUGGGACCCAGUUUCAUCGUUCAAUUAGGCAUUUCAUGAUUCAAGGAGGUGAUCCCACUGGAAAGGGGACCGGAGGUGAGAGUGCUUGGACAGAUGCUUUCGAAGACGAAAUUCGUCCAAACUUGCAUCACGAAGGUCGUGGAGUUCUGUCAAUGGCGAAUUCUGGUCCAGCCACAAACAAAUCACAAUUUUUUAUCACGUAUCGAUCCUGUAAACACUUGGAUGGAAAGCACACAAUAUUUGGAAAAGUUGUCGGAGGUCUGGAUACCCUAUCGGCCAUGGAGAAAGUGGAAGUUGACAAUAAGGAUCGACCGAUUGAAGAUAUCAUAAUUCAGACUUCUACAGUAUUUGUGGAUCCGUUUACGGAAGUCGAUGAGGAAUUGGCAUCAGAAAGGCGGAAAGAUAUUGAAAGACUAGAAGUUGAAAAAUUAGACGCAUCCAAAAAUUCGAAAAAUAAACCUAAAACACCCGAAUUGAAAGUUUACCGUCAGGGAAUUGGGAAAUAUAUCAAUCCUAAACGAAAGGCCGACGAAUUGACACCCCCUGCUCUCCAGUUUGGAGAUAAAUCGUCCAAAAAGAAACCGACUGGGUGUGAAUUUAAGAAUUUUGGAAAUUGGUAGUUUUAAGUAAGCAUUGUGUUAUUCCCUAAUUACUAUUUUAUUUUUAAAUCAAAAUUCCUUUGAACAAAAUAAUAUAAUCAAUUAUAAUAACUUUUUACACUGUCCACACAAUUUUUCGGUCUUAAUAAACAUAAGGGAACGAAAAUGGCCUCCUCGUA